CCCCCUUUAACUUGUUAUCCACGUAGCAGUCAUGGCAACCAGCUCCAGCAGCUCGUUCAACCUAAGCAACGGCCUCGAGGUCUACUCGCGGGUCUGGGAACCCACCGAAACCCCAAAAGCCCAUAUUGCAUUCAUGCACGGCUUCAGUGACCGCAGUGACCACUAUGACCCCUUCUUCACCCAGCUGGCCACCAAUUAUCCUAUCAAGGUACAUGCCUGGGACCGUCGCGGCUGGGGAAAGACCAUCAAGACAAAAGCCGACCUCGGCGACAUCGGCCAAACGCCGCAGAUCCUACGUGAAAUCAACGAGGCUCUGAAGCACAUCGCCUCCACGAUCCCGGACAUCCAGCGCACCCCGCUCUUCCUCAUGGGCCACAGCAUGGGCGGGCAGGAGUCUGCCUGCUACCUGCUCUCUAAGGACUCCGAACUUAGCGGGAGUAGACCGCCCAUUGCAGGCUGGAUCCUGGAUGCACCGUAUAUUGGCCUCGAUCCGGCGAGUCACCCCAAUUGGCUUGUUGUGAAGGUGGGCAAGCUUGUUGCGAACCUCAUCCCGAAGUUCAAGUGGAAGCAGCCGCUUAAUAUUGAGUUUGCGAGCCGGGACCGUGGUGUCCAGGAGCUGUAUAAGAAUGACCCCCUGUGCCAUAAUACGGGUACCCUGGAGGGACUGGAUGCCCUACUCCAACGCGAAAGCGACCUAACAACCCUAUCCCAGUCGGACAAACCGGCCCCCGAGCAUCUCGCCACACGACUCCCCUGCCCUGUCUUAUGGGCGCACGGGUCCAAGGACAUGAUCACGUCGUACACUAUCUCGAAACAGCUCUAUGAUAGACUCGAGCCGUACAAUGAGAGCGAUGCUGAUGCGAAGACGUGGAAAUCUUUUGAGGGCGGGUACCACCAGAUUCAUGGUGAGCCGGAUGGCAUGAAGGAGGAGUAUCUGCGUGACAUUGGGGAGUGGGUGGUCAAGAUGACGACGAAGCGGGUUGACGCAUAAUUGAGUUUCUUGGUUGUUCUUUGGAUUGAUACCGAGAUAUGCUGUUCAUGACCGGCCUAGAGGGUGGUGAUAAUGAGUUACGUGUUUAGAAGCAUGUGUGAGUUGGAUAUACACUUUCGGGAAUAUAAUCGUUUGAGCCAUUUAGAUGGGCACUUGGACAGCCCUACUGCUAGUGAUGCUGCUGAACCCGGUGGAACCAUUCGAUUAACAAGAGUAGCAUCCACAGUAAUCAACAGAACGCUUCAUCUUCUUGCAUACUCACUCUGGC